AUGAAGAGCAAAGAAGGUCAUCAACAUGUCCUGUCGGGUGAGGAGAAGAAUCAAGAUGGAGUUCUUCUUGUUGACGCAAAUGAGGAGUCUGAAGAAGACCAACAACGAGAAAAAGAGCUCGAUGAAGCAGUUGUUAUGAACUGAAGCGAUGUCGUAGUGCCAUUGUCUCAAGUUCCUGCCGUAGCCUGUCAUCAAUUUUCCGGAAGUUGAAGUUAAAAUUGAAAUAUACAACCUAGAAGUAAAAUCAAACUUGAAAUAUAGAACAUCAACCUCGUACUAACUUCUUCCUCUCCGUCUCGUCCCCUUCUAAUGUCCCAAAGGCAAAAGAGCUUGCACAGCAGAAGCAGUGUGCGCACUGGUUCCGCCAAGCUCCGCACAUCACAGCAUAUACCCGCAGUCAGAUCUACCGUAAAGCACGCGAGUCGAUCUUGGAGAAGGGCAGACACGUCUUCAUCAUGCAAGGAGAUGCGAAAGAACCCCUUAAGUUAUGUGAUGGGAAAGAGCCCCUUAUUUAAGUUAAGUAGAAGCAACGGACCACCCUCACAGCUUCAACAUCCGGGAAAUUCGUAGCUAUAGAUACUUCAGCUUCCGGCCCGUAUCGUGUUUUCAUGAGUACCGAGUUGGUACACUUUAAUAAAGCUAGACUGCACACACUCACACAGUCAGAGACAGAGUGAAUACAACUUCUUACUAGCGUCAGAUGGUCAACUCCUUUUCCUGACAUGCUGAAAGCAUAUUUCCUUCAUAGAACGGCACGAUUAUAGCACGAAAGAGCAUGCCAAUGACCGGUGGUAGCAUCUCAAAGCCAGGGGGCGGGCAUGUGGAAGAUACCUACGAUGUCGCAAUCACCCAAGAUGAAGAGCAAAUUGGGACUGGUGCUGUGCAGCAAUUUGAUGAGCCAAGUCCAGUUGCUAUUUACAGACGCGGCGAUUUGAGACCGGUUGACCUCUACGGCAUUGAAGAUGCGGACUCCCCUAUUGACGGUGCCGCUCUGAGAGACAGCGCGGUCACAACUGCUAGUGGAAAGUUCGUUGGAACAUUACGGCUCCUUAGAUGCCGAGGCACUUGCUUUUUAACCUAACCUCACACUUUUCCUCAAGUACUAGUCCUCCAAAUUAAGUGGAAAUCCGAGUAAAGCAUCACGUCGUGCACAACCACAUAAGUAAUUUGAAAUCCUGCUCUUCUACUCUAAACAUCCGCGAGCAUGUGGUAGGAAUUUCAGUAGAGCCAAGAGAUGUCAUGUCUGAGGACGAUACCUUCCGCAUCUUUGCCGCGAACCCUGAUUUGGAACUAAGGGCAUUUCGUGACGAUCCGGAUCCAGUCUUACCACGCUUUCGUCGGUUGCUGUUCCCAUCACUUCAUUAUGUAGUUGACUGCAAAUGAUAAUGAUUCUGAUUCAAGAAUGCAUCAGGGCAUCAGGCUUAGAAGGAAAAGGAAGUAGAUAUUGCAACUAAGUAGACUUCUGGAGGCUUAGGCUUAGGAAAAGGAAGUAGAUAUUACAACUAGACUUCUGGUGAAGGUCGUAUUCAUCUUGAGUUGCUUUUUGACAACAGCGAGCAAUGGGAAACUUAGCUAAGUACUCCUCUUCGUCCUAUUCUAGCUUUCUCGAAUCCUUGUUGAACUGCACUUUUUUACCCCCUCCUCCUCGUGUACCUGGUCGCUCACGCGAGACCUUUCUGCGCAUGGAAUCUCUCCUCCUCCCCUUCAUAUCCGAGGGUCUCCUGAGUUAUCUACAGCAACUGCAAGAGUGGAGCAGUGCGAGGUCUUCCAUUGGCUGGAGAAAAUGCGUCUCAAAGGGGAUCUGCCGAUCGAAUACGAAACUACAAAUUUGGUUAUGGCUGCUACAAUGAAUUCAAGAAUUGGCGUGUGUGUGUAUGGUUCUGGUAUUCUUGGUAUAGCCUGAAUUUGAUCCGAAGGGUUCUCUUCUUGUUUUCCCUUAGGAUCAAACUCAGGUUCCCAAAUACCGGAACCAUUCAGUGUGUGACUGAACUAGUGAUAAGUACCGCAACACCAUAGUACCUACUUGCCACAUCGACCUCCAUGAAAGAUGGCUGCUGUGCAAAAAAUGCAACAUUUAUUCUCCCUCGAAUUAUAAUUAUACAGUUUCUGUCCCAUUGUCCUGUCAAGCUUCUAAUGCACCCAGCAAAAAACAAGACAUGAUAACGAAAAGAGUUCCCUACUUUGCCAGCUGCACCAGCAACAACCACAAAUUCUGUCGCAUCUCUGGGAAUGAGAACGACCAUGCGUUGUACAACAAACAAGAAAUCGAUGCAUUGAUGUUAUGGCUACUCUGUUUGACGUCCAUGACCACUUUGAUGAAUGGUUCCGGUCUUUGGUAACCUGAAUUUGAUCAUAAGGGAAAACAAGAAGAGAACCCUUGUGAUCAAAUUCAGGCUAUACCAAAGACCAGAGCCAUACAGUUGAUCAUCAUGGGGAGUUGCUCACUUGUGUUGUACUAAAUGAGGUUGAGCUGGGUUCCUUAUCGACGUUAUCCAAAUAUUUAAGCUCAUUUUAUGAAUUAGUCCACUCGCCUUUGCCCGGAUACAACAUAAUUGACCUCCUCUCUAGAUGAACUAGACUAGUUCCCUCCGUCCCCUUCUUCUUCUAAUUGCACGAUUCUUAGAAAGCUUGAGCUCGAAAACCCCAUGGGAAAUCCCAGAUUACUCGGAUGAGGAUGAGGACGGUGCAGAUGCUUAUGCUUCGGACGGCGACGAGGACGAUGAAGCUAUGGAUGGUUUCUUUAUCUUCUUUUUUGUGUAAUUUCAAUUUUCCGAUAGUGAUGGAUCAACAUUAUCCUCCUAUCUGAUGAAGAAGAACUCUCGUAAUAUUAAGCUCCCGUAAUAUUAAGAUUAGCUCUACUCGAGCUCUUUGUAGAUUUCAAGUCGAGCAAUCAGUUGAACUCAACCAAUGGGGGAUGAAAAAAGUGAACAUAUUUAUUAUGAACUAAAUUCAAAUUGACUUUGACUUUGGUCACUUCUAACAUCAAUGAAGACGAGACUAUUCUUGCUGCGCCGAUCGCGGCGGUGAUGAAUGACCUAGAAACUCUCGAUGCUGAGGAUUUCGUCGAUAUCAAGGAUGACUACUUUUAUGGCCGCUUUGGAGAAAAAAUCCUAUUCCUAACUUUUUCUACCGCUAACUACUACCAGUAUUAAGGGCCUAACUACUUCUACCAGAUAGAAGGGUAGGGUAAAGGUGCUUUUGUUCCCGCUUUUUAUGCCUUUCCUAAGGGAGAAAGACAGAAAAAGCGGGGUCCACGAGCACCAAGACCCUACCUCUAACAGUAACCAGAUAGAAUUAUAAAUUGCUAGAUCAAUGACGAUGACUGAGGCACGAAAACGAAUAUAUGUCCACCUUCGCCGUCAUAUUCAUCUACUGUAGGAGUACAGCUCAUUCUCAUUGUCGAGGAACUUCUAGAAGAUAGAUGUCUACUGAUGUAGAAGCACAACUCCUUCUCAUCUAUCAUCUUGAAUGGUUCCGGUCUUUGGUAUAGCCUGAAUUUGAUCACAAGGGUUCUCUCCUUGUUUUCCCUUAUGGUCCAACUUCUUCGGUUACACCAAGUAGUACCGGAAGCAUACACAUGGAAACAACGCAUCCUCGUCAACCUCAUCUAAACUCCAGACCGUGAAGUCAGAGUAGGUCCACCCAGGUCUUCCGGGUUCGUGCAGUUUAGGUGGCCUGGGGAAUCGCCACUCACCGGACACAUAGACUGGUGGGAUAAAGCGUGGCUCCAGCAUCUGUUGACUUUAUGAUCGGAGUCGGUUACUCUGACUAAGUAAUGCAUGAGUAUCUAUAUGUUGAGUACUAAUUAGUACUAUGUGCUAAGGGGCGAUGUCGAUGAGGUCUUAUGAUGUCGAUGAGGUUUUAUGAUGUACUUGUGAGUACUAAAAAUAGUAUUAGGGUUAGGGUUUACGGUUGAUUACUAGUCUUUAAGCGAGUCGAUUAAGAAGUUGUAGCGUGGUAUACUCGCUGGUUUAGACGGGUUACUCUUCUAAGCUUGUUCGUAAACGCAGAUUCUGUAACUGAUAGUGGAGCAGCAAACUAUGACUACGUUGUAGCUCGUUUACGAGGAGAGAGACUUCCGGUUUUGCGUCUGGUGGAUCGUGGUGAUGGUG